AUGCUAUUCCUUCAACCCGUCAACCUUCCAAAUCCUGUUUACCGCGAUAUAGCUUCGAGCCUGGUCAUACUUAGGAGAAACCCUGUAUCCUCGUGCUCUACGCCGCAAUACCACCCACACCUACAGUUGACUCCAUUUUCCCAAUAUGUCGACGAACCAUUCUUAAAAUCAUCCCUGACAGCUGAAGGUUCCACGUUUUUCCCUUGUCUAACAUCUCAUCAACACCCACACUUUUUGGUCAUUCUCAUUAUACCCAUGCAUACUAUCGUACCGAUAGCUCGUUUCGUUUCGUCUUGCGCCUUCAGCUCCUUCGCGCGAUGUGUCUCAAUUGAAGAUAAUUCUCCACAAACGGCACGCACGGGUAAUGGUUAUCGAUCAAUAGAGAAAUCCCAUAUCUGCCAAUUCAAACGUACAACAUAUUGA